UGUAACGUUGAUUCGGGCACCGCCGACCCGGGUCCGAGACUGGCGGCGGCGGAGGAUUGGGGAGGGGUGCUGCCCUGAGAGGAGUUUGUGGGUUGACCUGUAAUGCCUGUAACCAACUCACGGCGUGGGCAACAAUUGAACAAUGGGUAUGGCAUGCCUUUGAGAAAAACGUCCGUGCUAAACGUAUUGAGAAACAUCCCACACGCUGCAGCCCAGAAACGUUCUAAUUGAUUGUAAACUGACAGUCUGCACUGGCUUUCCCGGGAUAGGUGUUUGCUCUACGAUGCAGGCACGUUACUUUGUCGAGAUGGAUUUGUGAUCUAAAAGCACCUCUAUGUACUUCAAUCACUCCACACUAUUGUAGCACAAUGAUAAAUGGCAAGAUUGGUGCAUUGAAAGGGUAGAAGAAUUCAACAUUGACUCUCUGACCAUACUGGCCCAUCAACGUGCCUUUGCUUUGAUAGCACCUAAGAAGCCUCCAGCUGAGGAGCAGCAUGAGAUCUUUUAUUUGCUGAUGACAAUAUUUUCGUUUUAGUGCUGUAAUUUCAGAUAUUUUGCUCAGCACCUUUCUGUAUUCCCUUGCAUUUUGUCCGUUUAUAGCUCUUCCAGACUGAAUAAAGGAGCUACUCCUAAUCUAAUCUACCUUCAAGUGGGUUUAGCUGCCAAAGUGACAUACCCUGCUUGUUCUACAGUAUGCUGUCAGAUGCACAGCUUAAGUGCGUAAUCCGUAAGUAAUGAAACUGUCCUCUUGUAACAGUUUGGUGAUGAGUUGGAAGACUAUGACUUAUUGACAUUCAAGGAACCUUUUGAAGAGAAUAGGGUUGCUGAACUCUUGAGUUGGAUUUGCUUCCUUUUUGAUCAAAAUAUUUUGGACUGAUCGCCUAAUUGUUUGUGGCUCAGUCCAGAGCUGAAGACUGCAGCUGAUGGAGGCACUGGAAGCAGAUGAUAUCAGCCCUGCUUUGGAGGCUACUGAAGAGUUCUUCCUCUUCAGUGGCAUUGAUGACCAGAUAGGACAUAAUGAUCUCCCAAAACAGGAGGUGUUUGGGAUCCAGGAGGUCCCGGUGAUAAUUGGGCAUGACGUCCUCAAGUUGAAGGGCGAGAGGUCACACAAAACGGAUGACACCAGAAUUGCAUCGCAGAAAAUGAGCAAAUCAGCGUACGCAGAGCAAAUAGAAGUCAGAAGAAGUGCCCCCACCAGCAAACCAGUUGGAGUGGCUAAUGGGCCAACACAGCAGUGGUCAGAUGGUGCAGACACAAACAGCUCCAUCUCGAACAGUUAUGGAGCACUUCACUCCAGAAUUGGCAAUCCAGCAGAGGAAUGGUCACUGGCCUCCCAAUCGCAAUCUGACCUUGUUCUAUCUCACUGCAGGUCACAGUCUGGGCCCAUGCAGGCCCACUGCCCAUUGGAUUCGGACAUUCCUCCCUCCCGCAUCUCUUUCCAAUCCACACUUGGCAAAGGCGGGAACUUUGCUGUGGCCAGUCAAAGCCAAGACAAUCCUCAGCUGUUGGGCCGAGAUGUCAUAAAGAAGGGAAGCCUGGCCAGAAGGCAGGAUCAUGCCAGCCCGUGGAAGGAGUGUUAUGUUGAGCUUUGUCCCCGUGAGCUGUGUCUGUACAGCGUGGGGACUGAAGAUGACUGCCACCUCUGUAACGUGUACUACCUGAGCCACUGCCAAAGUAUUACCGUGUCGAACAACCAUGGUGACCAUGUCCUGGAGGUUCUCUUCUCCAACGGCGCUCAGCUGCAAUUGCAAGCACGUUCCCAGCAGGAGGCUGAAGACUGGAGGCAGGACCUCCUGGCACAAACACUCGCCCUCGGCCUGCAGCAACCCUUGAGUCUGCCAAGCAGGACCCCACCACCAACAGACUGGCAUCCUGGGACUUAUCAAGUAAAAACCAUCCAGCCUACUGCUGUCCAAUUGCGGACAAAAGGUACCCUACGGAUUGGGGUGCUUCACAUGCUGAUGCCUCAGAACAAGUGGAACUCUUACACUUUUGUCCUUAGCCAAAGUCAACUCAAGUACUUUCGAACUAAUAACCUACAAGAGGAACCCUUGGAAUCUUACAGGAUUAACGGAAGUGUUGACGUUCAGUUUGAGGCAACGGUGGCGUCUGCACUUCGCUUCAAGGUGUCUUUUCCUGAAGAGGUUCUCGUUCUCAUGGCCGACAGCCAACAAGAGACUCAGGAGUGGUUGGGGGCGAUCAAAGCUGUGGUCAACUCCAAGCAGGUGGCUGACACCUCCGAGUGCUUCUCAGCCAGUGGUCAGAAGACCAAAGGCACGGACUCCAGCGGUGUGGGCACAAAGAGGAAUAAGCGCUACUCUGUGACCAGCAGCUUUCUCAGCCUCCUGACGGUGAUUGCAGUGGAGAAGGGGCUCACAGCUCAGAGCUUCAGGUGUGCAGGCUGUCAGAGACCGGUGGGCCUGUCCUAUGGGAACGCAAAGGUAUGUGCCUACAGUGGUUGGUACUAUUGCCAAGCCUGUCAUGUCGAUGAUGUGUUCCUGAUCCCUGCUCGACUGGUUCACAACUGGGACACCGCAAAGCACAAGGUUUCAAAACAAGCGAAAGAAUUCCUGGAGUACAUAUCCGAAGAGCCACUCAUUGAUAUCCGGCAGGAUAAUCCACAUCUGUACGAGCACGUGGAAGCAUUGGCCAAUGUUCUCCGCUUACGCCAGCAGCUCAAAUCGCUGAGAGCAUACCUGUUCAGCUGCAGGGCCUCUGUGGCAGAGGAUUUGCGCAGAAGGAUUUUUCCCAGGGAAUACAUUCUGCAGCACGUGCAUUUGUAUUCAUUAGCUGAUCUUCAGCAGGUCUUUGAAGGGAAACUUGCUCCGUUCCUCAUGAAGAUCAAUAAGUUUGCCAGUGCUCAUGUGUAUAACUGCAGUCUGUGCAGCCAGAAAGGUUUCAUCUGUGAGAUCUGCAGCAAUGGGCAAAUCAUUUAUCCUUUCGAAGGAACUGCCACCAAAAGGUGUGAGAUUUGCGGAGCUGUGUUCCACGCUGAGUGCAAGUCGAGGAGUGUUCCCUGCCCACGGUGUGUGCACAGGGAGCUGCAGAAGAAGCCGCGUUCUUUCUGGCGCACGUUGGACUUGGAUGGUGACUUUGAGUUUUGCGAUGCUUUCGAGUUCUCCUGCCCAAACAGCUGAUGUCUAGGUCAGACUUCACUCAAACAUAGAAUUCUCAAUCUAAUCUUUCGUGGACGAAGAAAUAGGGCUGGGUGCAUUCGGAUCCUUGUGCUCAGGAACACAGAGAAUUGAAGGGGGAUCUUUUGGUGAUUUUAAACUAAGCUGGAUGAGGUGGGAGAAGGCAUGGUAUCGAAAGAUAAAUUGAGUGCAGGAGACUGCCCCUUCUACAUUAUAAUGCACAGUGUAGGUUGCUGUUAAAAUAUAUCCGUUGUGAAUUUGUUGUCAUGUAUCCACCAUCUCGGCCCUCCAGACAGUCAAAAGCACUUGAGUGACACGACUGGUUUCCAGUGGUGUACAGAAUUCCAGUUAACUUGGUGCCAAAUUCCCAGCCUCAUUCCAGUCUGUGUGCAAAAUGGGUGGGGUGACAUUGAUGUCAUUGUGUUUUUACGUUGGGUUUAAAAUACACCCCCUUGUCAGAGCAGACCAGGUUUGUACGUUGCACCUCAUUUUUACUGUGUCCAACCUUGGAAGUAUUUGUGGGAACUAUGUGCCAAAGAGGUAAACCAUUCCAUUUCCCUUUGGCAAUAAGCCUCUCCUUCGAACUAAAUCAACUGUAUAUCCCAGAGGAACAGGAUGUAUACACCACCAAACCCCUGACCCUCCAGGAUUCCCUUCAGGUUAGUUUCCUUUCUGUAUUCUCAAUUCUUCUGGAAAAUAUGAAAUCACCAUUCAAGAUCCAUAAAUAGUUAUCAUUACUUACAGGUCAACCAGUGCAUGGGAAAAAUAAUUUUAACAGCGAUUUUCUUGCAGCAUCUGAUCUAUUCUAAAAGCUUAAUUGGUUGGACAGCAGAUUUGUUGAUUUGUUUUAUUUCACCUUUUCCCUGCCACUGUUGGCCACGCCACCAAAUUUGGAACCUGCUCUCACAACUUUGAACCUUGCAACAUUCCAAGGAUUAAUCAUCAAAAAGAAAAGGGGAGAUGGUGCUGGAGUUGACUAAAACAGGUCGAAGUGAGCAACAGGGUGAAAAUCAAAGGGUUUAAGCUCAAAAAGUCUGAUCAGGAAUCAGUGUAAAAUUUUGUUUUAAUUUAUUUUAAUAAGUUAGUAAGACUCUUGGAGGGUUAACAAAAUGAUAUGAGUCAGUGCACACCUAGGAACAUUGAUCAGCAUUGCAAACCUAGAACCCACAGGCGGAGUUUAGAUCUCCACAAUCACUCUUACAUGAGAGAGAACCAACAGUGAUUAGCAGUGAGCUCUAGACUAUGCACACCGAGCAAGAACUGGGAUAACAGUGGGCACACACUCAAAGACUUUUAGGGAACAAUGGAAAUUUAGGGAUACCAAAAUGCAAAGGGAUCAUAGCAGAGAUUUUGUUUCACUCGGUGUCUAAGAAUUGCACUUUUCCACUAGGCUCAAUUGAUCAACUCAAUUUGAGAAGUGAAUUUUUAGCCAUGUUCAAAAUAUGUUUGUAUCUGGUACAUAGUGAGUUUAAAAGCUGUUUUUUUUUAAAGCCUGAUUAAAACAAAACACUUACUAUAGAUCAGGGGAUCAGAGUCUGGCUACUGCUGGUAACAAAUGGCACACGUGGCACCUGUACGUGGCACCUUUGGGUGUAUCCAACCAACUGGUCGAUAUAGAAUUUCAGCGUGGGUUAUGUAGCCACUUUGGAUGAGGGUGUAACUCAGGUGCAGUACCAAUGAAAUAUGGUUCCCAAGUAAGUUGCUUGGGAGAUGUGUAGGUUCUGGUGGUUCACUGGGGAAAGGGGAUGCGGAGAUCACAUUGAAACUCAACACCAGCCACUGUCUUAACCCUUCCAACAGAUUAUAUCUGUAUCUGAAUUUGGCUUUGAAUCCAAAAGUCCUUGGUCUCACUAAUAUGCACAUUUAUUGUGGAAGGUGCUGUUGAGCACAUUAAGCAAGUGGCAUUGCUGCUUAAACAGUGAAAAGCAGAAAUGAUUGCAAGAGAAAGCUUGAUGGAAGAACUGGAAGUGGGACUGUUGUAGCAUUUUGGCGCACCACGUUAGGCUGCAGACUGUGUCCAUGUAAGCGUGGGAAAUUGGGGGAUGCUGUUGCCUGCUUCAGAUGUGGGACAUUGUCUCCUCCACUCAGAUUUUAAAAAAAAACUUAUGAUCACUCACAGUCUUGUCUUGUCCUUUCAAAGAUAGAAUUACAUCACACGAACCAAGGAGUCUGCUGUAGAUGUGGAGGGGCUAUAAGAGACAGGUGCGAACUCCUAUCUGUCAUCUAUUACUCGCUGUGGUGGUAAAGCUCUAAAUUUGAAGUCUGCUGCUUUUAUAAUAUAAUAAUAUAUUUAUGUACAUACAUCUUAACAGGAGGAAUUAUCCUGAGAUACAUUUUUGUAAGGUUGGAGCCACUA